AUGACUCUCCGGGAAGGUUCCAUAGGGGUGGAGGAUCUCGUGCUCCUGGAACCCCUGGAGGAAGAGUCUAUGCUCAAGAACCUCCAGCUGCGCUAUGAGAACAAAGAGAUUUAUACCUACAUUGGGAACGUGUUGGUUUCCGUGAAUCCCUACCAACAGCUGCCCAUCUAUGGCCCAGAGUUCAUCGCCAAAUACCAGGAAUGUACCUUCUAUGAGCUGAAGCCCCAUAUCUAUGCACUGGCAAACAUGGCAUACCAGUCACUGAAGUUCCGGGACCGAGACCAGUGCAUCCUCAUCACGGGGGAGAGUGGAGCCGGGAAGACGGAGGCUAGUAAGCUGGUGAUGUCUUAUGUGGCGGCCGUCUGCGGGAAAGGGGAGCAGGUGAACUCUGUGAAGGAGCAACUGCUUCAGUCAAACCCAGUGCUGGAGGCUUUUGGCAAUGCCAAGACCAUCCGCAACAACAACUCCUCUCGAUUUGGAAAAUACAUGGAUAUUGAGUUUGACUUCAAGGGAUCCCCCCUCGGUGGCGUCAUCACAAACUAUCUGCUGGAGAAAUCCCGAGUGGUGAAGCAGCUCAAAGGAGAAAGGAACUUCCACAUCUUCUAUCAGCUGCUGGCCGGAGCAGAUGCACAGCUGCUGAAGGCCCUGAAGCUCGAGCGGGAUACAAGUGGCUAUGCCUAUCUGAACCGAGAAGUGUCCAGAGUGGAUGGCAUGGACGACGCCUCCAACUUCAAGUCUGUGCAGAGUGCAAUGACUGUGAUUGGGUUCUCCGAGGAGGAGAUUCGAUGGGUGCUAGAGGUGACAGCCCUGGUGCUGAAGCUGGGGAAUGUGGAGCUGUCAGACGAAUUCCAGGCCAAUGGGAUAUCAGCAAGUGGCAUCUCUGAUGGGAGAGGUGUUCUGGAGAUUGGGGAAAUGAUGGGUUUGGAUUCAAAGGAACUAGAGAGAGCUUUGUGCUCAAGGACCAUGGCGACUGCUAAAGAAAAGGUGGUCACUGCACUGAAUGUUGUUCAGGCUCAGUAUGCCCGGGAUGCCCUGGCUAAGAACAUCUACAGCCGUCUCUUCAACUGGAUAGUGAAUCGAAUCAAUGAGAGUAUCAAGGUGGGCAUUGGGGAGAAGAAGAAGGUAAUGGGGGUCCUGGAUAUCUAUGGCUUUGAAAUAUUAGAGGACAAUAGCUUUGAGCAAUUUGUGAUCAACUACUGCAAUGAGAAGCUACAGCAGGUGUUCAUAGAGCUAACACUGAAAGAGGAGCAAGAGGAAUAUAAGAAAGAGGGCAUACCAUGGAAGAAGGUGGACUACUUUGAUAAUGGCAUUAUCUGUAACCUUAUUGAGCAUAAUCAGCGAGGUAUCCUGGCCAUGCUGGACGAGGAGUGCCUGCGGCCUGGAGUGGUCAGUGAUUCCACUUUCCUAGCAAAGCUGAACCAGCUCUUCUCCAAGCAUGGUUACUACGAGAGCAAAGUCACUCAGAACGCCCAGCGCCAGUAUGACCACACCAUGGGUCUCAGCUGCUUCCGCAUCUGCCACUAUGCGGGCAAGGUGACAUAUAACGUGAACAGCUUCAUUGACAAGAAUAACGACCUACUCUUCCGGGACUUGUCCCAGGCCAUGUGGAAGGCCAAGCACCCACUCCUUCGGUCCUUGUUCCCUGAAGGUGAUCCUAAGCAGGCAUCUCUCAAACGCCCCCCAACUGCUGGGGCCCAGUUUAAGAGUUCUGUGGCCAUACUCAUGAAGAACCUAUAUUCCAAGAACCCCAACUAUAUCAGGUGUAUAAAGCCCAAUGAGCAUCAACAGCGAGGUCAGUUCUCCUGGGAGCUGGUGGCAACCCAGGCCCGGUACCUGGGACUGCUGGAGAAUGUGCGUGUGCGCCGGGCGGGCUAUGCCUUCCGCCAGGGGUACAGGCCCUUCCUGGAAAGGUACCGAUUGCUGAGCCGGAGCACUUGGCCUCGCUGGAAUGGGGGAGACCGGGAGGGGGUGGAGAAGAUCCUGGGGGAGCUGAGCACCUGCACCUCAGAGGAGAUGACCUUUGGGAAGACAAAAAUCUUCAUUAAAAGCCCCAAGACUCUUUUCUACCUGGAGGAGCAGAGACGCCUUAGAAUCCAGCAGCUGGCCACACUCAUACAGAAGAUCUACCGAGGCUGGCGCUGCCGCACCCACUACCAGCAGAUGCGCAAGAGUCAGAUCCUCAUUUCCUCUUGGUUUCGGGGCACCAUGCAAAAGAAGCGCUAUGGAAAGAUAAAGGCGUCAGCAUUAUUGAUCCAGGCUUUUGUGAGAGGAUGGAAGGCCCGCAAGGAUUACCGAAAAUACUUCCGGUCAGGGGCUGCUCUCACCUUGUCAAGUUUCAUCUACAAGAGCCUUGCACAGAAAUUCCUGCUGGGGCUGAAGAACAAUUUGCCAUCUACCAGUAUCUUGGACAAAAAGUGGCCAGCAGCCCCUUAUAAGUGCUUCACCACAGCCAAUCAGGAGCUGCAGCGGCUCUACCACCAGUGGAAGUGCAAGAAGUUCCGGGACCAGCUGUCCCCAAAGCAGGUAGAGGUCCUGAGGGAGAAGCUCUGCGCCAGUGAGCUGUUCAAGGGCAAGAAGGCUGCAUACCCCCCGAGUGUUCCCAUUCCCUUCCACGGUGACUAUAUUGGGCUGCGAGGGAACCCCAAGCUGCAGAAGCUGACAAGCGGGGAGGAAGGGCCCGUUCUGAUGGCAGAGACUGUGAGGAAGGUCAAUCGUGGCAACGGCAAGACUUCCUCUCGAAUUCUACUCCUGACCAAGGGGCAUGUGAUUCUCACAGACACCAAGAAGUCCCAGGCCAAAACUGUCAUUGGGCUGGAGAGUGUGGCCGGGGUGUCAGUCACCAGCUUCAAGGAUGGGCUUUUUGGCUUGCAUCUGAGCGAGAUAUCAUCUGUGGGUUCCAAGGGGGACUUCCUGUUGGUGAGCGAGCAUGUGGUUGAACUGCUGACCAAAAUGUACCGAGCUGUGCUGGACACCACGCAGAGGCAGCUUCCAGUCACCGUGGCUGAGCAGUUCUCAGUGAGAUUCAAGGAGAGCAAUGUGACUGUCAAGGUCAUCCAGGGGCCGACGGGUAAUGGGAAUGGCAAGCUCAGCUGCAAGAAGAAGGGGAGUCACGGUCUGGAAGUGACUGUAUAGUGAGGAGGUGGGACCGCACAGAGAGAGGGCAGGUCCUCCCUCUUGGACCAGCCCCAGCCCCAGGUCCUCCCUCUUGGACCAGCCCCAGUGUGAACAAACCUACCACCCACCUUUGUGGGAGGAUCUCAUCUCUAACACUCUGAUCAGGGGUGGUGCUUGGAGCCUGAAGACCC